AAGCGGCGGGAGAGCGCGCGCCGCGUGGCCUUGUUUGGGGGCGGGGCCACGCGCCCACCUGCGUGGUGCGUGUGUGGAGCGGGGUGAGGAGCGCAGUCCCGGGGUCCCCGAGGGGAGUGCGCAGGCGCGGGGUCCCUGCGCGGCUCUCACGGUGGUCGCCGCUGGGGUCGGAGCCCGAGAGGACCGAGGUUCCAGCCAUCCUUACCUCAGGAAGACAUAGCUUUGUGCCUUUCCAAGCCCUUUCCCAUCCAUCAUCAGGGACUCAGAAGAUGAGCCAAGUUUAUAGCCCUGCCUUGAUUUGGUAUGUGCAAUUCAGCCUUAUUUUAUUUCAUUUGUUGUUUUGAAGAUGUAAUUAUAUGUUCAUGACACAAAAUGCCAAAGCAUAGAGAGAAGAAAGCAGGUUUUGGAUUUCCCACGCAUGCAACCUGGUUCCUUUCUUUAGGGACAGUCACUGCUAUGAACUUUUUGUUUAUGCUUCCAGAGGCUUUUCAAAGUCAUGUAUUUGUAGACUAUAUUUUGCUUUUUUCUAAAUGGUUUUUCUGUAUUUUCCCCCUUAUACCAUUUUAUCUUGGAGGUUUUCAGCCUUGGUGCAAUUGAUGUUUUGAGCCAGGUCAUUCUCUGCUCUGGAGGGCUGUCCUGUGCAUUGCAGGAUGGUGAGCAGCAUCCCUGGCCUCCACUCACUAGAUGCCAGGGACACCCCACCUCUCAGAUGUGACAACCAAAAGUAGCCCCAGACAUUGCAAUUUUCCCCUUGGGGUCAAAAUUAUUCCCAAUUAGGAACCACUAAUAUGGUGCUACUUUGUUCCUUUUAAUAUGUGGCAUCUGAUUAUAUGCAUGUAAUAAUCACUGAGCCAUUUUCCUAUUGAUGGGCUGUUAGGUUGUUUCCAAUCUCCUGAUAGUGGUAGUCAUAGUAAAAUAAUAAUAAUAUUCUUAGCAUUGGCCCUGCUUCCUGGCAAUACCUUAAAUGUGUUAUAUAUUUUGACUCAUUUAAUCUUCACCACAACGCUGUACAAUCAUUACUGUGUCUUGUCUCAUCUUACAGAUGAGGAAGCUCAGGCCUGGAGAAGACACCUAGAGUAUCUAAGUCCAAACAGAUAGUGGAUGGCGGAGUUAAAUAUUAAACCAAGACAGCUUGCUGCAGGCCCACUCCCUUACCCAAGGGAAUGUACUGCCUCUUUCUAUAAACUCUGCCACAGUGAAUACCCCUAUGUGUCUCUCAUUUUGCGCAUAUGCAAAUAUGUCUGAAGACAUGUACAGGAAAUAAGGUUUCUGGAUUAAAGAGUAUACAACAGGGAUAAAGAAUUCGUAUCUUUAGUCUUAAAGACAUUGCCAAAUUGCCCUCCAUUGAGGUUAUACCAAUUUCUCUCCUCCAGCACUGGAUAAGAAUUGUAACCUCAGCCUUUUUAGUGGGUCUCAGUCUUCAUUGGUUUCCUGGAUGCUUGCUAUAUGGUUGACCCUUGAACAAUGUGAAAACUGCAGCAUGAAAGCUUUACAACUCCUGGAACAAUUCAUUUUACUUAAGUAAUUGGAAGGGGAAAGCCAAGUGAUCUGCUUAUCUGUACCUGGGACAGCUGGACACCUAGUGGGUGCUCAGUAAAUACUUGUCAAAUGGAUGGCCAGAGGUCUGUACAGUCCUCAUUUACCUCCUGAUCAAGAACCUGCUGAGAUCUUAGGCAUAAAAGUGUUGGCUGCGCCCUUCCUGACUGUGAGAGUCCCUGCCUUACCAGCUCUCUGCCCCUCUCUGAGUGUGGACCCUCAAGUGGGAGGAAAGGAUGCCUGCUGCACGGGGGAAAUCCAAAUCCAAGGCACCUAUAACAUUUGGGGACUUAGCCAUCUACUUCUCCCAGGAGGAGUGGGAAUGGCUGAGCCCCAUUCAGAAGGAUUUGUAUGAAGAUGUCAUGUUGGAGAACUACCAGAACCUGGUCUCACUUGGUCUUUCCUUUCGGAGACCAAAUGUGAUCACCUUAUUGGAGAAAGGGAAAGCGCCCUGGAUGGUAGAGCCAGCAAGAAGACGCCGGGGUCCUGACUCGGGGUCUAAGGUUGAGACCAAGAAGUUACCUCCAAAUCAAUGCUACAAAUCUGGGCAAAGAAUCUGCCAGAAACCAGUUUCUGCACAACAAAAAGUUGCUACACGAAAGAGUGGCUGCAAUCAAAAUUUAGUCCUAAUAAAACCUAAGACAGGGCAUUCAGGGAAGAAACCUUUAAAAUGUAAUGACUGUGGUAAAACCUUUAGUCGAAGCUUCUCUCUUAAACUUCAUCAGAACAUUCAUACUGGAGAGAAGCCGUUUGAAUGCAGUAAUUGUAAAAAAGCUUUCAGACAAAUCUCAUCCCUCAUACUUCAUCAGAGAAUUCACAAUGGAAAGAAAAGCCAUGAAUGCGAUAAAUGUGGGGAAAGCUUCAAUCAAAGAACAACUUUUAUUCUACAUAGGAGAAUUCAUGAUGGAAAGGAAACUCUUGACUGUGGGAAGGCCUUGAGUCAGUGUCAGUCUUUCAGUACACAUCAGAAAACUCACAUAGUUGGGAAUGUCUGCCAGUGCAGAAAGUGCGGGAAAGCCUUCAGUCACAUGUCAUCCCUUUUACUUCAUAAGAAAAUUCAUAAUGGAAAGAAAACACAUAAAUAUAAUAAAUGUGGGAGAGGCUUCAAAAAGAAAUCAGUCUUUGUUAUACAUAAAAGAAUUUACGCUGGAGAGAAAACCCCUGAAAGUGUGAAGGCCUUAAGUCAGAGUCUACAGCAAAGAAGUCACCAUUUAGAGAAUCCUUAUAAAUGCAGAAAAUGUGGGAAAUUCUUUAAUAGGAUUUCACCCCUUAUGCUUCACCAGAGAAUUCACACUUCAGAGAAACCAUAUAAAUGUAAUAAAUGUGACAAGUUCUUCAGGCGGCUUUCAACCCUUAUUCUGCAUCUAAGAAUUCAUAAUGGAGAAAAACUAUACAAAUGUAAUAAAUGUGAGAAGGUCUGCAAUCGGCAUUCAUCCCUUAUUCAACAUCAGAAAGUUCAUACAAGGAAAAAGAAACUAUUUGAGUGUAAGGAAUGUGGGAAGAUGUUUUCUGGAACUGCAAACCUUAAAAUACAUCAGAACAUUCAUUCUGAGGAGAAACCUUUCAAAUGCAAUAAAUGUAGUAAAGUUUUUGGCCGCCAAUCAUUUCUUAUUGAACAUCAAAGAAUUCAUACUGGAGAAAAACCCUACCAGUGCGAGGAAUGUGGAAAAGCCUUCAGUCACCGAAUAUCUCUCACUCGACAUAAGAGAAUUCAUACUGAAGACAGACCCUAUGAAUGUGAUCAGUGUGGGAAGGCCUUCAGCCAGAGUGCACACCUUGCCCAACAUGAAAGAAUUCACACUGGAGAGAAGCCAUAUACAUGCAAAACAUGUGGUAAAGCCUUUAGUCAGCGCACAUCUCUUAUUCUACAUGAAAGAAGUCAUACUGGAGAGAAACCCUAUGAAUGUAAUGAAUGUGGGAAGGCAUUUAGUAGUGGGUCAGACCUUAUUCGACAUCAGAGAAGUCAUUCUUCAGAGAAGCCGUAUGAAUGUAGUAAAUGUGGGAAGGCAUAUAGUCGGAGUUCAUCCCUGAUUCGACAUCAGAGUACACAUUCUGAAGAAAAAGCCUAAAAUUGUUUUAAAUCUAUCAAAGAUAUGGCAAAUACGUCUUUGUCUAUAAUGUAAAUUUUGUGUAUAUGGGACCUUUUGGUGAUGUGUCCUACUUUGAAAGCCAAAGAGCAAAAGUCAUUGAUGAUUUUGACCUCAGGAUUUGAAAUUAACUGAAGGAAACUCAGAAGUUUGGUCAGUCAUUGUGAAUGAAGACCAUUUUUCAUUUGAUAAGAAUUACUGGCCAGGCAUGGUGGCUCACACCUGUAACCCAGCACUUUGAAAAGCUGAGGCAGGCGGAUCAUAAAGUCAGGAGUUUGAGACCAGUCUGACCAACUGUUGAAACCCCAUCUCUACUAAAAAAUACAAAAAUUAGCUGGGUGCAGUGGCGCGCACCUGUAAUUCCAGCUACUAGAGAGGCUGGGGCAGGAGAAUUGCUUGAGCCCAGGAGGUGGAGGUUGCAGGCUGAGAUUGCACCACUGCACUCCAGCAUAGGAGACAGAGCAAGACUCUGUGUCAUAAAUAUCAAAUGAUUAUUGAUAUUUUACUUCCAACAUAGUUUUAAAGAUAAUUCAUUGAUCACAUAUAACAAAGUAGAAUUGUGAAGUCCAUUAUGGGGCUUUGACCCUGAUUUAU